AGUAAAAUAUCUGUUUUAUUUAUUCUUGGUCACAUCUUUUUCUUGUUAGAAAAAAAAAAGGAAACUUUUGCUGCCAUGGAAGUGAAAGGAAGCUCUGACAGUUCUCUUUCCAACCAAAGGCUGUUGGGAAGAGUUGCCUUAGUUACUGGAGGUGCAAGUGGUAUAGGAGAGAGCAUUGUACGCUUGUUUCACAAACAUGGCGCGAAAGUAUGCAUUGUUGAUAUUCAAGAUGAACUUGGAAAACGCGUUUGUGAAUCCCUUGGUGAUGAAGAGAGCGCGUGUUUCAUCCAUUGUGAUGUUACAUCAGAAACUGAUGUUAGUAAUGCUGUUGAUUUUGCUGUAGAGAAAUUUGGCACACUUGAUAUAAUGGUUAACAAUGCUGGAUUAACAGGGGCGCCCUGUUCAAAUAUCCUCGAUUAUGAUCUCUCUGUCUUCGAUAAUGUGCUUGAUGUGAACGUAAGAGGUGUUUUCCUAGGAAUGAAACAUGCUGCUCGUAUAAUGAUUCCACGAAAAAUAGGAUCAAUUGUGUCUUUGAGCAGUGUAGCAGGGUCUAUUGGUGGCCUCGGACCUCAUGCUUAUACAGCUUCUAAGUUUGCUGUUUUGGGACUAACGCAAAACGUUGCAGCUGAGAUGGGGAAACAUGGUAUACGUGUGAAUUGUGUUUCACCUUACGCGGUUGCAACUGGAUUGGGACUGAGUUACUUGCCCCCUGAACAAAGGAAUGAUGAUCCUAUCGCGGAUUUUAACUCUUAUUUUGGGAAGUUCGCGAACCUGCAGGGCGUGGAUUUGAUGGCUCAGGAUGUUGCUAAUGCUGUGUUGUUCUUAGCCAGCGAUGAAGCAAGGUACAUAAGUGGGCACAAUCUUAAAGUUGAUGGUGGUUUCUCAAGUGUAAAUCACUCUCUUAAGGUGUUUACAUAAGUACUAUAUUUAUCAGAAUUUUAUAAUUAGAAUAAGUCUAUGAGAUUGUAAUCUUGCAAAAACUUUUGAACUAUUAUGUUUGUGACUUUCAUCAUUU